ACGACGUCUCAGAGUGAUGAGUCAUUUUGUUUAGCCGGGAGUAGCCAAGCCGCCCUUUCGAAAGGAACUCGAUCGAAUCGGAACAUUCCGUCGACGCCUUCCUCCCGAUGAUGCCUGCUUCUCGGAAUAGGAUUUAAAAGGAGGGCGUUGUUGGAAAAGCCAUCUCCGCGGGUAGCCUAGGCGAGAGCAGCGCUAUUGGAAUGACAGCUCCGGAUACGUCUCGGUCUUGCGAGAAAAGGAUAUAAUUGCGUUUGUCGAAAGAUGGAUCCGUCCGUCCGGGCCGGCGAGUGAGCAUCCAUGCGUCCGGAUUCGCGGGCCAGCUGGGCCGUGGCCGCGGCCUGCUGCUUCAUCAACUGCCUGCUGUAUGGGGUGGCCCGGCUCUCUGGGAUCCUCAUGGUGGCUUCCGUUCACACCUUCCAGGUGAGCAGGGCCCGGGCGGCCCUGCCCUUCGCCCUCUCCACCUCACUCAGGAACCUGUCCGGUGUGUUCGUCGGCCACCUGGGCCAGCGCUGGGGCGUGCGCGUCGUCGUCUGUUCCGGCACCGUCCUGGCGUCGCUCGGUGCCGGACUCUGCUUCUUCGCCCAGGACAUCUUCUGGAUCACCGUCUGCUGGGGAGGACUCUUCGGAAUAGGAUAUGGAUUAGCCACGUGUCUUCUCCCCUUGGCCAUCAACCAACAUUUCGUCAAACACUGUGGCACUGCCUCCGGAAUUUCAUACUCCGGGUCUUACAUCGGAUCCUUCAUCUUCCCUCCAUUAGUGGUCAUUCUACUCAGCAAUUACGGACUCCCCGGAACGUUCCUCAUCAUCUCCGGAACUGUUCUGAACGUUCUAGCCGCUUCUAUGUUCUUAGAGGACCCCAGUGACAGAAAGACUGCCUCAGACAGUCGAGAUUCCUGGUGGCAGCGGUUGAGACUUAAGUAUGCAGCUAUAAGGACACACCAAAUGAAGACGCCCACCGUCGCCCCGCCCAUUUGUUUGACGUCAUCUGUCACGCUACAAGAGGACUCCAAUCAUCAUGACUCUUACGUCACCGGGUUCCGCGGCAAAAGUGAUUCCGUUCCGUCUACUGACGCUACUCUGCCAAAUCAUGUUCCUAAGUCGCGUCUGAGUACUGUGUCCAAAAACUCGCUGUCGAAAGGCAAGUCUAAGUCAAAAUACAUCGCGAAACUGACCAAACUGAAGCAGAUGGUCUCCGUGUCGCUUUUCAGGCAGAAGUAUGCGUUGAAAUUAGAUCUGCCGUCGAUUCAGAACGAUAAUAUAAAACUGGUGGCAUUUCGAAAUUUGCAUUGCAUUCUGUGUCCGUGUGUGCCUCACUCUCAACACUAUUCAAAUUUGAACGCAACGCUAAACAAUAACCAUGAAAAUUUUGAAGGCACCAAGAACCAACUUUUGGAUUUCUACGGAAAUCCAGUUCGACUUAUCGGUGAUCAUCGACAAAAUUUAAAAGCCAUAUCCGGCAAACCGGAUAGCUACUUGAAAAACAUCAAAUCUAUGAAAGUCUUGGAUGGCAUAAACAUGGCUGAAAAUGUGGCCUCUCAUCGGACAUGUGGUGUGAGGAAUGGUGGAUGUGGUCGAAACUCGAGUGUUCUUCCUGUGUCUAACCAGUCAUCUGGUCGGUACCCGUCCGCGAAGCUUUUCAUGGAUUACAAACCUUGUGAACCAUUGAGUCUGUCCGCAUCCGCCAAACUGUUCUCGGAUCGCAAUCACUGCCAUACGUCUAAUCUGUGUAAGUCCGUGAGCCUGUUCUCGGACCACCAACACUGUCAGACGUCUAAUCUGUCCACUAAACUAUUUUCGGACGACAAACCUUUCCAGACGUCUAGCCUGUCCACGUCAACCAAACUGCUCAUGGACCGAAAGCAGAGGUGUGGUUCUAAACGCGGCCACCCCCUGGUGAGGAAAACGCGUUCGUUCUGCUUGGAAUGGAUGCGUCUGCUGGGCAUGCCAAUGUUCAUCGUCAUCAGUCUCACCAUGUCCUUGUAUACCUUCGUCAUGGUCUGCCUGAUUACCAUCAUCGAGGACUUCGCCAAGGACCUGCAGAUUCCAGAGAGCGACGUCCAUUAUGUCCUGAUGGUCCUGUCCAUUGCCGACCUGGUGGGCACCCUCACCCUCGGCGUCAUCACGGACAGAGGCUACAUGUCUCGCCGCCACUUCAUCGCCCUGUGCUUCCUGGGCAUGGGAGUGUGUUCGGCCUCCCUCUCCCUGGUGACGGGGUCGACGUCUCUGCUGUGCUGCGUCGUCUGCUACGGAAUGUUCGAAUCGGGCACCGUCAUCACCUUCCCCGUGCUCAUGGGCGAGUUCGUCCCGCCGGGCGGGCAGGCCGUCGCCAUCGCGUCCAGCAACGUCCUCUCGGCGCCCGUCGUCCUACUAGUCCCGCUCGUCAUCGGUCACUUCCGGGACCACAUCGGCUGCUACUCGGGUGUGUUCUAUCUGCUGGGCGUCACUUCGAUGCUGUGCGCGAGCCUCUGGCUCAUGGUGCCCCUCAUCCACAGGGCCUGGAGGAAGGAAUUCCCCAGGAGGCCCUCGGUGCUCCCGCGCAGGAACGCGCUCACCGACGAAAGGAAAAUCUCGCUCCCACCAGGAGCAAAAAAGACUGCCAUGUAGUGCUCCACAGUGUGUGUUUCAUGGCGAAGAACUCGUGUUGAAAGGAUUUUCCCCCUUCUGUAUGCACGCGAUCACUGACUUUCUCGCUUGUUGCCCGCCCUAGCGUGAAUCCAGGGGGGGGGGGGUCAUAACCCACAGUUGUAAUUAAAGAUUGCCCAAAGUUGCCUUUUUGGAACUUAUGUUUCGAAAAGCUCGCCCCAAACCCUCUAUUUAUUCCCAAAAAUGACUUAUGAAGCGCCCCCCCCCCACCCCUUUCGUUUUCUCCAAAACCAGACACUGGAUCCGCCCUUGCGUUCACCAGGACCCGAUAAAGCCAAAGUGAGACCAGGGCCUGAUCACUGAAUAGACCAACUAGGCCCUGGUCCAGAGCCCCCGAUAUUAAGGGGCCCCCAAACGGCUGAAAUUACAUUAGUCUAUGUCUAAAAUUGUUUCAGCCAAUGGCUAAAGUUCUAAAGUUUGAACACAGGGAACCUCAAAAAAGUAUUUGGCCUAGGGCCCCUCGAUAUCUUAAUCGGGCCCUGAAAAGGGACACAGGGCCUGGAGUUCAUGUGGGCUCUAUGCCCUGGUUACUCCUUUUUGUACACAGUAUACAAUCAUUUGUAGAAUACACCAUAACCAUAUUUUAAGCAGUCAGUAUUAAAUGAACCUAUUCUACACCAUUUACAUUAAUGUUUAUUUUCGUUUUUUCGGUAUACAUUUUGAUUUUACUUCUACCCAUCAUUUCUUACAGACGGCUCAAUAGCAACUUUCCCUUCAAAUGAAUGUAAUAAAACUGAUAUAAACACAACACAAAAAGUUCUCCAGAAAAUUCUUCUUCUUCUUCAGCACAACAGCCUGGUGCAGGCCAAGGCUUUCUCCGUCUGCUUCCUCCAGGCGGUACGACACGUUGCCAGGUUUCUCCACCUGUUCACUCCCAAAAUUUUAAGGUCCUUCUCGACACUAUCCCGCCACCUUGUUGCUGGUCUUCCCCUUCUCCUCGUACCCUCAAUCUUCGAAAAAGUUCGCUUUUUAACCGGGUCCAGAUCUGCACGCCUAAAUACGUGCCCCAGCCACCUGAUUCUGUUGGCUUUAAUGACUCUUAAGAUGUUGGGUUGUCGGCAUUUACGGUAUACUUCAAAGUUAUAUAAACGUUUCCAAGCAUCAUUUUCUUUUACUGCUCCAAAAAUUGACCGAAGGAUCUCUCUUUCAAAAAUGAGAAGUCUGUUUUCCUCUGUUUUAUUAAUUGCCCAUGUCUCACUACAGUAUAAAAUGAUCGGUCUUAUGAGGGUUUUGUAUAGAGAAGAAUUAUUAUUAAAAUGUAAUAUUUAUUCUAUUUGUUAGCACUGUAAUAUGUUUUUAAUGUUAAGUGAAGUCAGUACCCCCUAUACCGUCAAUGUUAAUUUGCACAGGUUCAUGUACCUUUUAUUGAAAAUCUGUUAAAGAUUCAAUUAUGAAAUUUUUUCUGUACCCUAAGUAGACUCUGUUCUCUAUACUGAAGUAAAAUUUUACAGAAAGAAAGCUUUUUUUUUUUUAAUAAUGAUGUGUAAGUCACUGUAUUUUUUUCAAAAAAUGCCAUUUUACUACACGAAAUCCGCUGUAUAAAAAAAUAUUUUUCGAAUGUGAGAUAAAUUUUACUUCAGUAUAUGCAAUUAGAUGUAUGGAAUAGGUGGUAAAAAUUUCAAAGCCUAACACCAUUUAGUUUCUGAGAAAAAGGAACAAUUAGUUUCAAAAGUACCAUUUCGAGAUAUUGCAAUUUAAAGGGGAAUAUCGUACCUCAUCGAAAUAGGUUUAAAUUUUUUUAAAGUUUAUUUUAACUUAAUUCUAAUAUGAGCACGACUUAGAAGUUUGUAUCAUUAAAAAGGUUUUGUAAUGGAAUUUCAAAGUAUAUAAAAAACAAAAAAUCGAACUUUUGAAAGUAUUUAGGGUACUGACUCCCCUAAGCUCAUUUGAAGUGCAAAUAUACGGAAUGAUAUUUAUUUUAAACCAAAGUUAACGGACAAAUGAGAGAAAAGAAAACAUAUUAACGGUUGUUUGUUAUUAGUAAAUUUAUAUUUAAAGCCAAUCAAUGCAACUUCUUUUUUUUUUUUUGCAUGUAAUGUAACGGUGAGUAGAAAUGGAGGUUUUAGACUUUGGGGGCUCCUUGAUUUGAUUUCCAUUGUCCCGUGCAUUCAUCUGCUCCUGGCGUCCGCACAGCUUGAUCGGAUUCCGGAUUAAAAGGCACUGCAUAAUAGGUAUAAAAUCCAGCAGAAAUUGGCUGAAUCCAUAAGUACCCCCCCCCCUCAAAAAAUAAACCUGUUUAUGCCACUGGCUUUUAUUUAUUUAUUUUUUAUUUUACAAAAUAAUAAAGUAUUAUAAAACUUCUAAGAAAAGGCAACACAAAACUACUGUGACGUUUACAAUGCUUUAAAAGAACUUUUAUAUUUACUUGUAAGGGAAACAUUAGGGCUCACAUUCCGAUUAAAAAAAAAUUAAACAGCGAAAGCUCUAGAGCUAUUAGAACUUUAUUUUAAUCUAAUCUAAAAAUUCACUUAAAAUCGAAAAACUUCUAAGACCUGAGAUCCCAUCCAUUUCUGUACAACCCGUUAGCAACUCGGCCACUUUUCUUUCAGCGAAAGACCGAGUUUUUGGGAUUCUACUGUAUUGCUAAUACUAGCACGAUGAACCAGUCAGCGUUAUUGUAAUCAGUUUGAAUGAACUUAUGUAUUUCAUAAAACAGAGCCACUGGCAUCAAUUAAAGUAACAACAUCUUAAUAUCUUUUGUAAGUGAAAGGAAUGAAAAGUAUUUUACAUCAGUAAAAAAGAAAAAAAUCGUUUUCAAGUGUCCUGAAUACCACUUAAGGUCACUUGCCCUGUGUGUUGAACGAAUUACACGUUCGUUGAACGUGUCGAAUUACACGUUCGUUAAACGUGUCGAAUUACACGUUCGUAGAACGUGUAAUUCGACAAACGCAAAAUCUUAGUGGCAUCUUACAGCUCGCGUGGCUGGAUCUACAUCCUUUGAAGAACACGUGCUGAUGCCGUUUGCUGAUUGGUUGUCAGUUAUUUCACCACUAAAAAUGUUUUUCACUGAGUGGACUAUGAUGUGCUGACAGCACUCUGACGUAACAACGAACACUUACGGUUAGUUAAGCGAAAACCAACACAACAGUGGCAUUUAUUUAUUUUUUCCCUACUAUAGUGUAUGUGAAACCAACAAAACUAUUACGAAAUGUAUUCAAGUGUACAGGAUUACAGGACAUGCACGAAAAAGCAACAUUUGAGAUGCAGUUUAUUUUUGUGAACAUCUGUUUUUUAUGUGUAACAUAUCCCCGACGUUUUCAAUGGAAACUGAGCAGAGAGGAAACUCGAUUCCACACUUUUUAAAAAGUCGUCAUAUUUUAGAAUGCUUCUACACACAUUUCGACACCUGUUCCAAAGAGCUUCGAACGCGGUAGCACGGAAUGUGAGUGCUAUCCGUCCUACCCUAUGGAGCAUCCGAAAAGAAACUAUUUUCCACGAUAUAAAAAUUGAUGACAUUUUUUCGGGACAAUAAAUAUUUUUUGCACAAAUC